AAACCAGUGUUCUUGUGUAGCCUAGGUGUUGCAGUACAGGCACACGUCACUUCUGCCAGCCAUUCUCGUAUUUCAUUUUUUCACUCUUUCAACCAAACGACGUCUCUCUAACUGUUUCUUGGAUAAUUGCAGUUUCAGUUGCAGAUACUUAAAACCCUGGAUAUUGUGGCGGUUGAGGACCAUUUUUUAAAACCUUGUUUGUGAUGUUGUUUGGUUAGGUGUGACGGAAGAGAAGCGAAGAUGGACUUAUUGGAGUUAUGGGCAAUCUUCGGCCCCGGCGUCGCCGGCACCGUCUUCGGCGUCGGUUGGUGGAUCUGGCUCGACGCCGUCGUUUGCAGCUCCAUCACUGUUCCCUUCCUUCACUACCUUCCUGGAAUUUUCGCAUCUCUUGCGGCUUUGAUGUUUAAUUGCGUUAGAAAAGAAGACAUCGAUUAUUCUCCCUAUGACGAAGGCGAGUGGAGAUUAAAGUUGUGGCUCUUCAUUGCGUAUGUUGUAUCCUUUGUUUCUUUGGCUGGAUCAGCAGGUCUACUGAUCCAAGAUUCACUUGAUAAAUCUGCUCCUUCAGUUUGGACUGGAGUUGCAGGUGUUUUGCAGUGUGUUUGUGUCUUGAUCAGUGGACUGGUAUAUUGGACUUCUCAUCCUGAAUAAGGUGCACCAAGAUACGAUUUGGAUCAUCAAACUCUACCAGGUUAUGUCCACCCAUGUAUUGUCUUGUUUAUUUUAUGUAACGGAAAAUAGGUGGCUUUAUGUAAAUCGGUAAAUGUAAAUUGUGCUAACAAUCUUGAGCCUCUGGGUAUAUUGGUGUUUAUUGAUAAAGAUAUGUUAACCGAAGUAAUUUCAAUCGCAUGGUGUUGGUAUUUAUUGAGAUCCCUACCCGCACGGCCCCAUCCAUGUUCUCAUUAUUUUGAACUCAGAGCAUAUAUGAAUGAAAGCUCUUUACGGUUAUAAUUGA